AUGCUUCCGACAGUCAGGAAACGACAUCCGGCUGCGAUUUGGCUUUUCAACCCCUCACUAUGUUCUCCGCAGGCGUUCUUCACAUCCAGAGCCCGUCAGAAUCGGAUUAAUCAUCCGACACGGAGAACGCAAAGCGGGCGAGUGUCUGCUCGACUUCUGCUCGUCGGUGUCCGAGGCUCCUGCUCAUGCACCAGCAUCUGCAUUCGUUCCAGGAACAGAUCCCUGGAUCCCGCCAAGGGGCACAAGGCGGAAACUGCGUCUAUGCUGGCCCCAUCCCUGGGCGGGAAGCAACGUUAUGCUGUCAUUAGCCUCAGCCCUGAAAGUUUCCGGGCCUCUGUGGCUCUUCUGCAUCGAGCAUGGUCCUGGCUAGACACUCCAACAUCGGCUCGACUCAUCUUGGAAAGGCGCUGGAUGUAUGCUUUCUUUCCCUCUGCCCGACGCACAGAUGGUUGA